ACUGCGCGCCCACCAGUGAAACACGGCUACGCGAGUAAAAAUAGCAAGCAGGGACAUAGAGUUGGACCCUAUACAAGCAAGCAUCGUAGUCAACGCACAUGCAAAGGUUAUUACAUAUUAUGACUGGUUUAACAGAAGGAUGACAAAUUCAAUCGUCAAAUCUUCUGGAAGCCUUUAUCACCCACGCUAAAUCGUGUCAAAAAUGCAGGUGCUCAUAACAAAUAAUUGUCCUUAGUUAAAGCAAAAGUUGUAGCGAGUUUUAUCGCCGAAAACCCAAAAAGCAGGUUAAAGAGCAUGCGUCUAAGUAGAAUUCUUCUCAAAAUUACGAAUGUGCUGGAAACAAUUAAUCAUGGGAAAGGGAAAAAAUGCUUGGAGGAUACAAAUAAGGCUGAUGUUAUGUCGUUUUGCUAAUAAAACUUGAUGCCAGUGUUGGAAACAAGAUAACAGUCUGACAGGUGGAAUAGUCGAAAUUAGGUUACCGAAAAGUUUUAUUAAAAAUUUUAAGCUUUUUUUCAUCAAGCACAAAUUCGGCACAUUUUAGAAUAAACAGAACGGAACAGAACAUCAAACAUGAAAUUGUUUAAAAAUGACAUACGUACCUGUAUUGAAAAAAGGUUUUUCUGUUUGCGAAUGAAAUAAAAAGUUUUCAGGUAAAGUAAGAAAAAUGAAAACAAAAUAGAGUAUUAUUGGAGCAAUAUUCCACUGGCUUGAUAAAAAUUCUUAAGGUUAGAAUGAACAAAGUUGCGGCAUUAAUAAUAGUAUCUAAAAAAGCAGCACAUAAAAUUGGUUUCUCCGUUAUGAACGGAGAGCUUAAAUAAUCAGAAAGUAGAAAAUAAUCACACAAGAGCCAAACUGAGACUUUGAAAACAAAGCCAAAGUCUAUUGUUAAGAAGCAAAAUCAUUGUAGCAUGGUCAUGCGUAAUUGCGCAUACUUAUAAAGAACCCCGUCCUUAAAUACAUUCGAUAUAUGCAAGCCAAGAUCAUAGGCGCAGCAUGGCUUUUCCAAACCGCCCUUGAAACACGAACACAGCAAGACGAACACAAAAAAUAACGUGAAGUAUUCCGUAAGUUAAAUUAAAACUGGUACCAUAAAAGGGUGGAGAAAGAUCUAUCUUAGGGUACCUGUAAGGAUGAAUGAGUGAAUGAAUGGAUGAAUGAAAGUGAUUCGGGAAAGCAUAUUGCGCUUGCUUUGUUUAGAGUUCUUGUUCGGUUCAAACCUGCAUCGGCUGUCGCCAAGAGUCAACCUUUAAUUGAACUCGGAAGCAUACUAAUGCAAAUAUAGGGCAAAAACGAUAUUGUGAAUUGGAGGAGGUAAGGAUGUACGAAAUUGCUUUAUUGAAGUUUUGCGUCAUGCGGUGAAUGCACAUUAUAUCGGCGAAAUUGAUUUCACCGGAGUCGCAAACUAAAUUAAGGGAUAGAAAAAGUUACUUCAGCUCAUUGUUUACCAAACUGAUUUUGAAUAUUAAUGUAAUUACACGGCUCUCGAAUAGGAAAUGUUUAUUCUACAAAGACAGCUGUUAGGUCUAAAAUAAAAACAGUAGCCGACGAUCAAGGCGUGCUAACAUUACGGGAUAGGCUAGUUGAAGAGAUAGGCGAGUUAAACUUGAAGUUUGAAGUUUGCUGUCCUUAAGGCCCAAGAAGAAGAAGAAGGGAGACGCAAGACUGCGCGCAUAUUCUUGCACAAAACAAAGGGACAGUAAGAUGGAUCUAAAUCUAACGGGGAAUUUCACUUUUCCCAAUUCUAAGCAGAAUCAAUCCUCAAUGUGUCUGCCUUAUAAAGACGAGGUUUGGGUGAAGGCGUUGAAAGGUGCCACAUAUGUGCUAAUUAUAGCGCUCUCCUUGCUUGGAAACUCCCUGACGAUUUAUGUGAUUUCCAAGAAGAAAGCCAUGCGAUCAACCACGAAUUUUCUCAUCGCAAACAAGUGCGUGGCAGACCUGUUCAUAACGUGUGUCAGUAUGCCGAUCGUAACCAUGGUUAACAUACAAGGGUUUCAGAAUUUCACGAGUUUCACUCUAGCGUUCAUCGUCUGUAAGCUAAACCCGGUUAUUCACGGCACUUCAAUGGAGAGCGCGAUUCUCAGCCUAACAGCUAUUGCGUUUGAUCGGCUUUUCGCAAUUGUGCGGCCUUUGAGGAAAGUAAUUACAACUUCCAAAGUGCGGCUUAUCAUAGUAGGUAUAUGGGUAGUUUCGUUAUUAACCCUGGUUCCACUGCUUUAUGUGAUUAAGAUUGAAUUCACCGCUCAGGAUGGUGGGCAUUAUUUGUGCUAUGAGCGCUGGCCAGAGGGCUUCGACCAAGAGCUCGCGGCGAAGGGCUACACCCUCGUCCUGUUCUUGUCUUUCUACUGAAUUCCCUUGACAACAAUGGCAGUUGUGUACGUGAUAAUCAUUCAAAAGCUAUGGGGACAUGGGAUGGAGAUCACAGAACUGCUACCCGCUUUUGUUCGACGCAAACAAGAGACAAAUAGGAAGAUCUUCAAAAUGUUGGUCACAGUUGUACUGACUUUUGCUCUUUGCUGGUUGACAUUCAAUGUUAGGAUGUUUCUGGGAUUUUUCGGCGAGACAAACAACAUCCCCUGCACUUUACAGCCUCAUCUAUAUUUCAUGGCAUUUUCAAUUGCGCAUUCUAACUCCGCCAUCACACCUUUGAUCUAUUAUUUCUUCAAUCAAUCGUUCAGAAGGAAUUUCAAGAAAGUGGCAUGUGAGAUUGUGCCGUUUUUGAGACGUUGCGGGAACGAGGAGAAUAAAUUCCUGGGAGAAACUACCAACGACACGAUGACAAAUAGAAGCGUUCGGCUCUCGCGAUAUGACUCCGAAUACAGGGCGAAAGGUGAAAGUGUGCAUCGGCAAAAACUCGGAGCCAGUCGGCGAAGGACAUCAUCUUUAGCCACAAGCACUGCAUGAAAAUUUGGGUUAAAAAAAUUCACGAGUAAAUCCCGAGAUGCGCGACUGUGUAAGCACUCGGAGCCAGUCUUCUUUCUACGAACUUCCGACUACCGACCGUGAGGUAUCGGCGGAACUCGCUUUCGAGAAACCUUCGACAAUAGGCCACGAGGUGAGAGUGUGCUUGCGAUAAGCCUCCGAGUAUUGACCGGAGGGCAAAGCCCUCAUAUCGGCAGAUCAUCGAGACCAGUCGGCUAUCUAUAAACCUCCGAGAAAGAGCCGAGGCGCGAGCGAGAGGGAACAAGGGGCUUACUUUUGAAAAAUCCUCGAGUUUCGACCAAAAGGGGAGAAAAAAGGAGAUGAGGACAGGAUGUCACUUGCGCUAACACAAUCUCCUAUAGGCUGUUCAACAAAGAAAUAAAGAAGUAAAUAUUUCAUAGGCGUAUUACACCAAUAUGAUCAGAAAUUUUUACUUAAAGCCCGUCGAUCCGACUUGCUUUUAAGGCGUGGUUUUGUAGGCUAUGAAACCUUUUGUAUAUUAUUUUAUAUCAUUUUUAUUAUUUUAUUGCAAAGACUACUUUUUAAUAUUAGUAUCUUAUUACUAUAAGCAAUUAACAUAAUAAAAAAUUAUAUGAUCAUGUCAGCAGUGAAUUAAAUCAAGGUAAAUUCCAAUCCAUCAAACAACUAAAAUGGCUGAAUCAUAUAUAUACAGGGAAAGCUGUUUUUUUUUCUUAAAUGACAAGAGUUUUGAACAUAAAAAAAAAAACAACCAUGUCAGCACGUCGGAUCUACGGACUUUAAAACGAGCAGUAAUCCAAACCGUUUUCCGAUUGGUUUGGUGAGUAAGAAUUCUAGACAGUUAUUUGAUUAAAAGUUUUUGAAAAUGUCUUUAGAGAUGAUAAUUGUUGUCAAUAAAUCAUAUAGCAUAAAA